CGCCUCCCUCACUCGGAAUCAAAACAUCUCAAUUCCGAAUCCCCUUCCAUCACAGGAUCCUCCUCCUCCUCCUCCUCCCCCUGCGUUUUUCCGCUUCGAUUCUCCUUUUGCUUCAAUGGAGAUUCAGCUUUUCACUGGGUUUAGGUUUUCUCCAAACGACAUGGAAAUCGUGAAUCAUUAUCUGAAGAGGAAGGUUCUUGGCCUGCCAUUGUGCGCCGAUUUCAUGGUUGAUGUUGAUGAUCUCGCCUGGAGGGAUCCUUGUACCUUGCCUGGAGGAGACAAGCACAGGUAUUUCUUCAGCAAAAAGAUUAGGAAUGUGGUUACAAUGUCUCGUUAUUGGACACCAAUGGGGCAAGAGAUGGGGAUUUUGGAUCCUGUAAGCAACGACGUGGUUGGGAUUAGACAAACACUGGCUCUUGUUCACACCGAUGGGAAGAUGCCUUUGCCUUUUAAUCAGCCUAAAUCCUUUUGGUUCAUGCACGAGUAUCGCUUCACCGAGAUGCAUGGAACGGGUGAGCAAGAGUGGGCUGCUUAUCAUGUCUUUCACAAGGAGAUCAAGACCUAUGAUGGCAUCAACCUUCAGCUACACAGUGAAACAGACGAAUCUGAAGGGAGUGACGAUGAAGAAAGUAACUACGGAGAGAAUGAUGAAGAAGAGAACAUUGGCGAUAUGCCCGACUUCAUUGAUCACAUCGAUCAAGAUGAAGAGGGCUCCGGCUUUGGUCCUCCGCCACCUGAUUCACCUUAGCUCGGAGCUUAGAGAAGAUUGACAGCAGAAAAACCAUUUUGACAUCACAAAAUCCGUUCCAUGUUUUGAUCCUGAGAAGAAUCUCCUGGUUUUCAUGUCUAGUUGCACUUGCAGAAGAGCUCAAAUGACAUUCAGUUCUUCCGGAUUCUUUGUACUGUAUAGCACUAGAUCAUGUUAUAGGUCUGUCUGAUAUUUUCUUAGUAAAACCCUUGCUGAUAUUCUUA